AAUCAGCGUUCGCUUUAUGCCUCCGGCCGCCAAUAGGCCGUAGUGAUUGACAAAGGAGGGCGGAGCCAGCGGCUGUGGCGAGGCUGAGGUUGGCCGGGUGAGAGAGCGGCGCGGUUCGGUGUGUGAGGAGCGGUGUGUGGGGGAGAGAAGGGGGACUAAGGAUAACAAUAAUAUAUAGAGAAAGGGGAACAGGAACCCGGUGCCCGCUGGGGCUUUGGGGGCCGAGGCGCUAAGGGCCCGUCUGUAUGAGCGGGGGCUUCCUCUGCCGCCAUCUUGGUUCGGGGUCGUUGUUGCGUAUUUCCCCCUCCUCCCUCCUGUCCAGUUAGGCCUGACCGGGCCGGGGAGCCGCCACAUCUUCAGACAAGUGGAUCAGAAACUGCCCUACAGCUGCGGCAGCAGUGGCAAAACAUGUCCUCCAUUUUGCCAUUUACCCCGCCAGUUGUGAAGCGCCUGUUAGGAUGGAAGAAGUCAGCAAGUGGCACCACUGGCGCGGGUGGCGGUGAGCAGAACGGACAGGAAGAAAAGUGGUGCGAAAAAGCGGUAAAAAGCUUGGUGAAAAAACUAAAGAAAACGGGACAAUUAGAUGAGCUUGAGAAAGCCAUAACGACUCAGAACUGCAACACGAAAUGCGUAACGAUACCAAGGUCUCUUGAUGGUCGGCUCCAGGUGUCCCACCGCAAAGGAUUGCCCCACGUUAUCUACUGCCGACUGUGGCGCUGGCCAGACCUGCACAGUCAUCACGAACUGAAAGCGAUCGAAAAUUGUGAAUAUGCUUUUAACCUUAAAAAAGAUGAAGUGUGUGUCAAUCCUUAUCAUUAUCAAAGGGUCGAGACACCAGUCUUACCACCUGUAUUAGUUCCACGGCACACAGAGAUCUUGACAGAGCUGCCACCUCUUGAUGACUACACGCAUUCCAUUCCAGAAAACACUAAUUUUCCUGCAGGAAUUGAACCUCAGAGCAAUUAUAUUCCAGAAACACCACCUCCUGGAUAUAUUAGUGAAGAUGGAGAAACUAGCGAUCAGCAACUUAACCAAAGCAUGGACACAGGGUCACCAGCUGAGCUGUCUCCGAGUACACUUUCUCCCGUCAACCACAAUCUUGAUUUGCAACCAGUCACCUAUUCGGAACCUGCUUUUUGGUGCUCCAUAGCAUACUAUGAACUGAAUCAGCGAGUGGGAGAAACUUUCCAUGCGUCGCAACCUUCGCUUACCGUGGACGGCUUCACGGACCCCUCAAACUCUGAAAGGUUCUGUUUAGGUUUACUCUCAAAUGUGAACCGAAAUGCCACGGUGGAAAUGACCAGGCGUCAUAUAGGAAGAGGAGUCCGGCUAUAUUAUAUCGGGGGCGAGGUGUUUGCAGAGUGCCUAAGUGAUAGUGCUAUAUUUGUCCAGAGUCCAAACUGUAACCAGCGGUAUGGUUGGCAUCCAGCAACUGUAUGUAAGAUACCUCCAGGAUGCAAUCUGAAGAUUUUUAAUAACCAAGAGUUUGCUGCUCUCCUCGCUCAGUCUGUGAAUCAAGGCUUCGAAGCAGUUUAUCAGUUAACUCGAAUGUGCACCAUAAGAAUGAGCUUUGUAAAAGGCUGGGGUGCUGAAUACAGGCGGCAGACCGUUACAAGCACUCCAUGUUGGAUCGAGCUUCACCUGAACGGACCUUUGCAGUGGUUGGACAAAGUGUUGACACAGAUGGGAUCCCCUUCAGUGCGCUGCUCAAGCAUGUCCUAAUGGGCGCUUCUUUUAUGUAUUACCUGCGGGUGGCAACCGAAGUCCCAGCAACAGACUCAAUACAGCUUGUCUGUCAUAGUAUUUGUGUGUGGUCCCCAUGAACUGUUUACAAUCCAAAAGAAAAAAAAACAAAAAAACAAAAACAAAAAGCGAAAACAGCACUUGAGGUCCCAUCAACGUAAAGCACCUUGUCGGAUUAUGUUUCUGAUACUCUUAAAGUAGCUGAAAUAUUAGUGUAUAAAUGACUCCUUACCAGGGACGGGACUCUUUUAAAAAAAAAAGGACAUUUAACAGUGUAUUAUUGGGCAAAGAGUUGAGUGUCGGGAUAAACAAUAAACACAAGUAGUCCCUAUGUACAUGUCCUGUAUAUUGUUCUCCAGUUACUGUGCAGUUAUGCCUUUUAGUUGCAGCAGAUAGCGUGCCUGCUUCCCCUCAUUUUACUCCUGUCACAAUCAAAACACAUUGCGUUUUGCCAUUAUUAUUAUUAUUAUUAUUGCCCUCUUAUAUUUGUAUUUUUUUUUUUCCUUUUUUGACUACUUGCUAUUUUUAUAAGUUGUUCUAAUGAAUCUGCUGUCGCUCCUCUCCCCUUGCGUAUUUUCCAAAGCAGCCGCGAACAUAUCACCCCCGAAUUGGCGUUCUCUGGUAAACCAACCGGUGAUCGAGUAGCCGAACGUAUUUUUAUUCACCCCCCCCCCCCCCGGACCCAGCAGUCGUUCAUGGUAUUGGGUCGAUCACGGUUUGUACCAGUUGGCAAGCCAAGCACCGGAGCCUUUGGGCUUGGAAGUGUAACCAGCAGAGGAGGGGUUAUUUUUUUAUUUUUAAUUGUUUUUUUUUUAAGUGCAUGUUAUUGUAAACCCUUGGACACUACAUUUGGACCCUAUACAAUAUUUAGAAUUCUAUUCUAUGGAUGUCUGAGGAUAGGGAAAGGGUUGGGCAGAGGCGGUUUAGAAAGGGUACUCUGGCUUUAAUAUGUACAUCUUACUAACCAUUUUGUUCUCUUGCUGUCUGUCAGAUCUUUCUCGUUGGGGCAGUAUUUGCCUUCUCUCUCCCCCUCUUACCCCCACAGCUAUCCCCCUUUUUACACUAGUAGUGUACUUUGUGAGUACAGCUAGUGACUGCUCCUUGGCUUUCUGAACAAACCUCAAUAAACCAAUAAAACAAAAAACCAAAAGCGGCCAGUGUUAGGAUGUCUCGUCAUUCAGCGAAAUCUCGGAGAGCGGGCAUCUCUUUAAUUGUAUGCUGUAUCGUUUAGAACAUAGAGGCAGUUCCACAACUGUGUGUCGGAAAGGUAAGCAGUAGGCCAAACCAUUGCAAAACAAAAAAAACGUAAUUGGCAAAAGCAUUUACCGUUUGUGAACUAGUUUUACCAGUAGGCUUGUGUAUUGGUAGAACUUGUGAACUAAAGACAUAAGCUUUGUGCGUGUUGCAUUUGCCGAAUAUGUGAAUACACUAAUAAAAGAUUUAAUUCUCA